CCGGGUGACGUCAGGGCGUAUUGUUGUUCCCAGCUGUCAGCUGCUGCAGUAAGAUCCCGGGGACGGUAUUGUGUGUGUCAGUAUGUCAGUGUGUCAUUGUCUCCGUGUCCCUGCUGUCUAAAACCUCACCCACACCGCGGCUUUCCCCAUGAAAUUCAGAGAUGAAGGACAAACGGAAGAAGAAGGAUCGCACCUGGGCAGAAGCUGCCCGUUUGGCACUAGAAAAACACGCAAAUACUCCAAUGACAGCAAAACAAAUAUUAGAGGUCAUACAGAAAGAAGGACUAAAAGAAACAAGUGGAACCUCUCCCUUGGCUUGCCUGAAUGCCAUGCUUCAUACUAACACUCGUGUUGGGGAUGGAACCUUCUUUAAAAUCCCAGGGAAGUCUGGACUUUAUGCCCUAAAAAAAGAAGAAUCUCCAAGCCUUGCUGAUGGGGCAAGUGAGCCUGUGUGUGAAUCUGAUUUAGAGGGUACUGAAAUGACGGAGACAAAUAACAGCACUGGUGAAGAAAAUGGAGUAUGUCCUAUGAAGCUACCUGAAGAACAGUCUUCCGAAAACGAAACAAAUCCCACCACUGCAGCAGUGCAGAAUAAGUCUGUGUCUUCCACUCAGCAACAUACCAAAAAAGCUCUAAAACAGGCUUUACGGCAGCAGCACAAAAGAAGAAAUGGUGUUUCAAUGAUGGUGAACAAGUCUGUGCCCCGUGUUGUAUUAACACCACUAAAGGUCUCUGAUGAGCAGCCAGAAUCUCCAACAGGUUCUGAGUCUAAAAAUGGAUUUGGUGAUGGAGAUGGAUGUGAAAAGGAUUUGAAACAUGGCCAGAGAUCUCCAACAGGAAAACAAAUUAGCCAACAUUUAAAGAAACUGAAGAAAUCUGGUUUAGGGCACCUAAAAUGGACAAAAGCUGAAGACAUUGACAUUGAAACACCUGGUUCUAUUUUAGUGAACACCAACUUGCGGGCCUUGAUAAACAAACAUACAUUUGCAUCCUUACCUCAACAUUUUCAACAAUACCUCCUUCUUUUACUGCCAGAGGUAGACAGACAGAUGGGAAGCGAUGGAGUUUUGCGUCUAAGUAACUCUGCAUUGAAUAAUGAAUUCUUUGCAUAUGCUGCUCAGGGCUGGAAGCAGAGAUUAGCAGAAGGAGAGUUUACACCAGAAAUGCAAAUACGAAUAAGGCAGGAAAUGGAAAAAGAAAAGAAGAUUGAACCUUGGAAAGAAAAGUUUUAUGAAACAUACUAUGGAGAAAAGUCGGGUAUUACACAUGAGGAAUGCAUGAUACUUACCUCAGUACAGGAAAGUGAUAAAGAAAGAUCAAGCUCAGUUGACAGUUCUCCAGAUUUACCUGGACCAUCUUGUCAGACUAUUGCAGAAAAGAAGGAAGUUGAGAUCCCUGGAAACAUGCUUGUAUGUGAAGAAAGUGAAGAUCAGUCACUAUGUACCAUGGAACUUACAUCUAAAUUGCCAACUGAGCAGCCAACAGAAGACAUGACUGAACAACCAGCAGACAAUAUAUUAUUUUCUGAGAUUUCAGAAAUAGCUGCUGAGGAAUCUUUAGUGCAAGAAGAGAUUGCAGAGGAGAUAGAUACAAAUACUUGUGAAUAUAUCGAAGAUCAUGUGAAACCAGAACUUGAUGUCUCUGAAAAUGUAGACAACACUACACAUAAAAGCAAGGAACACUCUGAGGUACUCGGCUUUGAUAACGCUGAUGUCAAUAAAAUCUGUGUCUCAGAGUCCUUCGUGGAGACAGUAGAGGAAGGAAAUGAUAUACCAAUAGAAAAUGAGGCAGACACUUCAGAUAAUACUGUUGAGUUAGAUUCCACUACUAUGGACGAAGAAUUGUCUCCUACCAUAGACAUAGAAAAAGAUAGCAUUGAGGCACUAUCAUCUGUUUCAGAAGAAUCUUCUCCCACAGAAGAACCUAAAGAUCAGGAACUGCAAGAUAAAUUUCAAGAUUCACACUCCAUAGAAGCUGAAUUCUUAGAUGAGCACAAAGACCAAUCAGAGAAAAAUGAUGAAUUAUUGGUUUUGGAAAAAGAGGAUAUUUCCACAGAACAUAAUGACAUUCCGCAGCUUAUCUCUGAAGAGCAAAGUCUGUCAAAGGAAAUAUUGUCUUCUGACCAUUCACAACUUAAAACAGAGGCAGUGACGCUAUCAGAGGAAAGUAUGCCAUGUUCAGAAGAACCCACUAUCCCUGCAUCUUGUAUAGCAUUGACUGCAGAUGAUGAGCAACCAGCAGAAAAUUCAGGGCCUUCUCAAGUUCAGUCAGAAACAGAAGAUGAUACCAUUUCAUCUAAAUCACAAAUGUCCCCAUUACAAGAACCACAGUUAGAAGGGAACUCUUCAUUUGAAACCCUGGAAGUCAAAUCCCCCAAGAGCCAGUUGCAGGCAUCUCCUGCUUUGUCAUGCAUUAGUGAAAGUCUUAGCGAGGAUAAAAAUUUCACAAGUGAGACACUUCAUGUAUCAGUUUCUGUAGGGUCUAUGACAGCCCCUGAGGAGCCUGAAACUAAAAAACCUGAAGCUUUACAGACACCUUCAGCAUCUCCUGACAAAGAUCACGCUUCUCCUAGUAAUAAGUCACCAUCUGUGUAUGAUUUUUAUUGUGACAGAGAGAUUGACACCAUUGAGACUAAACAACAGCUUACAAAUGAAAAGCAUGACUCACAAGCACUGACAUUCACAAACACUACCCAAAGCUGUAGUCCAGAACCAGAGAGUGAAAGGCCUUUGCAGCUAUCACUAGAAAUGACAUCUGUUGUUUCAGUGGAACCAGUACCUGUACCAGAUAUACCUAAAGAAGAUGACUUGCCACUUCAGAUAACUGUACAAGAACCUAAGCAGGAGAAUAAAGAUGCUAUUCAAGCAGAAAAAAGAUUGCCUGAUAUACCUAGUAAUGACAAAGGUCUUAAGCAAACUAAACAUUAUAGUGCUGCAGACAGGGCAUCCUCUGUUUUAUCAGAAAAUUCAUGGUCAGAGAUGCCUAAGAUCAAACACCACAAACCUCAUCAGCCUAAUCACCAGCACAGAUAUGAAGAACCGUACCCUGUGAAACAUAGUGAACACAACAAGUCUCCCGAGUUACUGAAAACUGACAGUAGGGAGCCAGAGAUCUCCAAAAGGAAAACGGGUGAACAGCACUCUGGAAUAUGUAAAGAGAAACGAGCUAGAAUAGAGGAAACUGAACUGUCUAGCUCAUUACCAUCCAGUACUGCAUCUGGAAAAGAAACACCACCCAAAGAGGAACUUAGGGUCCCACCUCUCAAGAUUCAGCUAUCCAAAGUUGGCCUUCCUUUUAUUAUCAAGACAAAUACAGUAUCAAAGCCUGAGCCUAAAGUUUCAUCCACUGUAGUAUCCAGUGCUGGGAGAAACACAGGAGCUAGGACUUUGGCAGAUAUCAAGGCCAGAGCUCAACAAGCUAGAGCUCAGAGGGAAGCAGCAGCUGCUGCUGCGGUUGCUGCAGCCGCACGCAUUACAUCUGGAGAAUCUGGAGUGUCGUCUGAGGGGAGCAAGACCAGAACUCUCGCUCAUAUUAAAGAACAGACCAAGGCAAAGUUGUUUGCUAAGCAUCAAGCCCGAGCUCAUUCUCACCAGACUGCUAAAGGAUCUAAAGUUCAUAGUUCUAAAGAGGAUAGAUGUCCUACAGAUUCUCAGCCUUUGGUGCAUUCAAAAACUGAAGGUCCAACUGGUGUCAUUAUUGUGAACCCCAAUCGUAGAUCACCAGAUAAAGGGUUAGCUGUUAGCGUGGGUACUUCAGAGAGCAGAAUUACUUUGAAAUCAACAGCCAAUAUGCCCACGUCAAAUAGUACUUCCCACAAUACCGUUGCACAGCAGUGUUCAAGCAACUUGAUUGUUUCAACGGAUGUUAGUGCUGUGCCAGCUUCAAUGGAUAGUAGAGUUAAUUCAAAUAUGCCAAGCCAUGAUGAGUCAGCAUUAUCACACAAUUUUCCUGUUCCUGCCAGCAGCUCUUCUGUUUUAAUGACUGUGAGCAGCCCAAGCCUCCAGACAUCCAUCUUUAAAGUGGCUUUUUCCAAACCUAGUGCCAAAACCAAUGUUACUGGUUCACCCUGUCAAGCCAUUGUGCCAAAGUAUGCUGAAAGUACAAGUAAGAUUUCUACAGAGGUGCCAUCUAUGCCAUGUUCUUUAAACAGUGCCACACCAACUUGUCCUGGGAGUUAUGCUGGUUUGAGGUAUACUAGUCAAACAGCCCCACAUGUGUCUUGUGUCACUACUUUACAGCCUCACAGAGAACCAAUUUCUUUUCAGAACAGUUUGGAUGCUUCACAAAGAAAUUGCCCUCCAAGAAGCAGUACACCAUUUUCAGUGGAAAGAACGAGCGUCCCCUUCACUUCCGACUAUCAUACAUCAAACACUAAUGAGAGAAGAGACUUGCAAAACUAUGGGGACAAGAUCAGCAUUGCAAAUACUGUUAAGGUUCUCGAUCAUAUCAGCACUAAUAUAAGCAAAAAUACCAGAAUCAUUCCCACAGAGAACUCUGAAAGUGAAAUGGAAACAGCAGCCAAACUGAGACAGAUUCCUCAGGCUGACUCCUCAGUUAGUAAUAAAGCCAUUCCAUGUAAGGUUAUAGUGGAUCAUACCUCUGGUUUAUAUUCAAGUGCACCAACAUCAGCCCUGACUGAUGCCAGGCAAAACUUGGCUAAUAAAGGUGUGAAAACUGAGACUGUUCUGCGCUUGCAAGAGUCAAUAAUGAGCAGGUCGGAACCCUCACGUCAGAAGUCUGAACAGAGCACCAUUUUUAGCACUAGUUCCAGAAUGAAUAAUAAAAAGCUACACAUGGCAUAUAGUGUCAUGCAAGGAAUGCCAGCACAUCAGCAGGAUAGACAAAGAGAAGGUAAUCUUUCAGAGCAGAAUACUGGCAAUUUGAUUUACAGUUCCUUGCUUUACAAACAUGCUGAGAAAGCUGUAACUAAUGAGCAUAACAAUGAUCCAAAAUGUUGGUUGAGAGAGAAGGAGAAGCCUGGUAUGGACACAAUGCUAUUACAUAAAAAUCAAUACACAAAUGACACAAAAGAAAAGAAAGGAGAUAUUGCUGUAAUGUCUGAAAGAAUGAUGCCUACCACAGAUUGUUCAAAUUUUUUAGAACCCAGGGUUAUUAAGUCAGAACCUAGUGACAUGGACACUGAAGAAUUUAAAGAGCCUGUGAAUCCUCAUCACACCACUCAUUUGUUUGAUGGGCGGACAGUGAAGACCUCUCCUUCUUCAGGUGCCCUGACAGAGGACUGUAUGUCAGUGUCCAUUGAUAACCAGAGGAGGCUACCUGCACCCAGGGGUUCGGGCUGUCGGCUUUCAUCGGUAGAGGCUAAUAACCCUUUGGUAACUCAGCUGCUGCAGGGUAACCUGCCUUUGGAAAAAGUACUGCCUCAGCCACGGUCUGGUGCCCGACUGGAGAUAAACAGGCUGCCUGUGCCUAUGCAAAAUAGCUUAGUCCGUAGUCCUUCUGCAGCAGAGAGAAAUGUCAUAGACAACACCCAGGUUUGUGCCAGUCCUGAAAGUUCAGGACACAUUUCUGGAUUGUCAGGGCCAGUUCAUAUCAGGAAGCCUGACCUGCAGCUAAACAAAAGGAUGGCUAAGUCUGCUGUGGAGUUCAUUCAUAUUAAAUGUGAGCAGGGCCCACAAAUGUUAGAAGCAGAAAAUAAAAGUUCUUCUUGCCCUCUUGGCUCGCAUUUAAGCCAGAUUGGCCCAAGGCAACCAUUUGUACAAGAAUGGGUAAAUAAAAGCCCCAUGCAUGGCCGAAUUACUCCCAGCCCAGAAAUCAAACAACAGACACAAGCAUUACCAGCCUGUAGUUUCCAAAAGGGUUUAUUAGGGAGUGAGAAAAAUGGCAGCUUUCCUUCAGAUGCUAGCACUACUCAAAGGCUUUUUAAUUCUUUGCCAAGUGAUGUCAGAGACCCCAGCCAUCCCACUGCACUGCUGCAAGCAAACAAAAAAGCCACACCUGGCUCUGGCACUCCAACCCCAUUAGCAUUCUGCAAUAAUCGAGAGCAGAAAAGUUCAGAAGUCAGUGUGCCACACGUAACUGAGCAUGUGAGAAAAGGGAGCGUUUUUUCCACUCCUCUUCCAAUUAAGCCACCUGACGACAUUGCCAGUGCUGUGCAGGCUGGCCAAACCAAAUCUUUAUUGCAUCCACCCAAUGGGGAAGUCUCAACCGAUCAAAAGCAAAUGGCCAUUCCUGUGGAAAUUAACAAGAGGCUUGGUUCGCAUCCUUCUGUGAACAUCUGUAGAAGUAUCAAAGUGGAGCCUAUUUCUUAUGAAGAAGGCCUUACCAACAACUGUGAAAUGGCUAUGAAACAGUCAGCUUAUGAGCAAAAUGAAGCCAAAGAGCAUGUGCCGGCUUUUCAUCUCAAAACCUCAGAGUUUCCUCCAUACGUGGCCCCUGAAACACAAAAGGCUUUUUCACAGUUAAAUUCUCAGAAAAUUCAACCAGCUCCUCAACCCCCCCAGAUGUAUGGAAACUAUUCAGCAAUCCACUUCAGCAAUGCAAAUUUUAAUAGGACUGCAUCCGUUAUCGAGAAAUCUUUUGGGAAUUUUUUGGGCAACAGUGGAAACGCUGGUAGCGGACUAGUGAAUCAGGGUUCUUCUGCUUCUAGUCAGAAAUAUGCUGACAGCAACAAUGCUGAAGAACUGGAGCUAAAAUGCUCAUGCAGGCUAAAAGCUAUGAUCGUGUGCAAAGGAUGUGGAGCCUUCUGUCACGAUGAUUGCAUAGGCCCCUCAAAACUAUGUGUGGCUUGUUUAGUAGUACGGUAGAAUCAGUAGUCACCGGUAUUUAGCAACACUAUUUAUAAUUGUUCACACUUUGGGAACCACAGCUGCAUUCCUGCACCGGUAAAGUGAAAGGGGAAAAAAAAGCAUUUUGUUACUUUAAUUUAUUUGUUGAAAUGUCUACUUCAUAUCAACACUGUAAGUAUUACAAUGUUUACAUGCAAACAAACGAAUGUGAAUAUAAGCUAUCCUAUGAACAGAAAUCCUGAUUUGUGAUUUAUAGCACUGUUUUGAAACUUGUUGGGAUAGACAUUAAAAAGCCAUUAAAAUUAUGCACUACCAUAACUCACUUAGAAAAUUAGCAAGGCUUGAGAUGUGAAAUGAUGCCUGCAAACUGAAGAAUGGCAAGCACAUCCUCAAUUUUCUAUUCUUCUUCUUCUUCUUUGUAGUUGCGUUCUUUUGCCUGUUUUGGUAUGCAAACUGAGGAGAAUUCAGUAGCAAGUAGAUUAUCACAUUUUUUUUUUAUUACUUUUAAAAAUCAUAUCACUUGAGAAGACACUAAUGUACAUUUCAUUUGGUCCACUUUACUGUUCAAAACAUUAAAAAGUUUUCCGCCAAGCCACAGGAUUUGAUAAUUUGAGAUUUUUGUUAAAUUUAUUGAAAAUCUGAUGCAAAAAGUUCUGUCUACGCUGUCGGUGGUGAUGUCACAUCUACUGUUAGGAAGUUGUUGUGUGGGUGGCCAAAAAUAUGGGGAUGCCAGGUAUGUGAAAGAUGUUUUAUUGUAAUGUGAAAUGAAAAUGAUGUCAUUAAAUAUGGGAGCAUUCCUCUUGGGGUGCAACUGCUUCAGUUUAAAUGACAAUAACAGUGUUCACUUUUUGAAGGCCAUUUUAGCCCAAUUCAAUGAUAUUCCAUUGAGCUAUGAGGAAUUUAAUAUAACCUAAUAAAGGUUUUAUAACUUAUUUAUUUAUUAUGUUGUACUGCUCAAAUGUAUCAUGCUUAUUUGUAUUUUUGCUUUUGUGUGACUACAGUUACACCUACUAGACUUUUUUCAAUGCAGAUAUAUUAGUUCAACAUAUUAUUGCAGCUCAGACUGUAACAAAAAUAAAACCCACUGUCUUUGUUUUCUUUUUUACAAUUGUUUAUUUUUUUAAUUAUGAAAUUCAUUUGGGGAGAAAAAUGAUGUUAAGUUGGCAUGAACUAAGCAAAGGAAUAUUACAGAUUUAAAGAUAAUGCAUUUGCAGCAUAAGUUAUUAAUUCAGAUCCACUUAUCUAAAAUUAAACUUAAAAUGUUGCAUUAAACUGAGCACAUAAUUUAUCCAUUUUAAAACUCUAGAUUAUCAAUUAAUGAAUGAUGCAUUUGGAAAAAACAUAAUAGCCAACUUUAUAUUGUUAAUUCUUAUAUGCAGUUCUACCAGUGACCACCAGUGCUAAAUGCUGUUUAGUUUUUUAUUUUGUUCCUUUAUUUAUAUUUUUGCUUAAUACAAAUCCUUUCCUGUCUUUCAUUGUCAGUAUUCUAAAUGUUUACACACAUUUCCAAGUUACCAUUGUAUGCCUUUUUCAGAUAAGCGCUCUUAAAUUUACAGCUGAAAUCAAAUGUGAUAAAGUUAACUGAUACACAAACUUAUGAGAAAUACAGGACUCCAGAAACAGGAAUUCAGAGCAUCAGCGGAACAAAACGACUGAAUUCUCCAAUACCCACAGACUUGAGCUUUCAUCGAACUCUACCAAAGACACAAAAUCUCCAUCAAGUGGCACAAACUCAUCCAUCAGUCUGAAAGGAAAAAAGUGAGCCGUCCAUUUAGUCACUUUUUUGUUUCAAAUUCAUUAUCUUUAAUUUGUUAUUAAAAAAUACUUUGGCAGACUUGACUUAAAAAAAAAAAAAUCAGUGUUGUAUUCAUUAGAAUUCAGGGAUAAAGUCUUUUAUUGGUGCUGUAUUUUACAUUUGUGUUUAAACAAGCAUUUGAUCUUAAUGUGUGUAAAUAAAAAAGUUUUAAAAAGAGUGAAACUGUGUUUCAAAGGGACAAAUCACUUACAAACAUAAAAGGCUUUAACCUGGUUUAUCCAUUUUUUCUGUUUAAUGGAACGAUGUAUUUUUCUGUUAUUGAUGUUGCUGUUCAUUCUACUAUGUUUGAAGAAAUGUUUUGUUUAUUACUAUUAUUUAUUAUUAUUAUUAAACUAAGAUUACCUAUUGCUAA